AUGGCCCUCGCGCCGGCGGGUAACAAACCCCCUCUUCUUCUUCUUCUCUUCAUCCUGUUUUCAGUAUUCUGCAACGGAAAUCAAAACCAGCAAUUUAUUAAUUCCUGCGGAGACAUCCACAACAUCUCCUUCCCUUUCCAAUUACAAGGCGACCCAUCCAACACCUGUAACGACCACUUCUUCACUCUUUCCUGCAAUGAAAACAAUCGCACGGUCCUUCCUCUCUUAUCCGGAAAAUACUACGUCCAAUCAAUCAAUUACACCGACAACUCAAUCCGUCUAGUCGACGUAGGAAUCCAAACCAACAAUAUUUGCUCCUCUUUCCCUCUCUCCUCUUUCAACGGUAGCGAUUUCGACCCUGUGGAGUUUUUCGCUUUUCCGUAUCUGAGCUCGGUCUUGUUCCUCAGUUGUGAAAAACCAGUCCAAUCUCCAACUUAUAUAAACAGGACUCGUUAUUGUAAUACCAGAGACGAUUCGGGAAAUGGGUAUUAUUCGUAUGUCGUGGCGGCCGGAGAUGAUUUUAGGGUUUGGGAUAUUGCCGAUUCGUGCCUUUUGAAGGUGUCGUACAUUUCUUCGUCGCCGGCGAUCAGUGAAAGGGGAUGGAAUUUGUCGUGGUUGGAUUUCAAUAAGGAGUUGGGGUAUGGGUUUGUGGCUACGUUCGGAUAUUCAUACUACGGAGGAUGCAAAAGAUGCAAGGAAAGGGCUUACUGCUUCGGAGAUUCUGUGAAUGUCACUGCCGUUUGCCGCGAUGCUUGCAGCUACGUAUACGGAAGUGAGUUGGAUCUUCUGAUCCCGUACUAUCUUUUCUGAUGCAGUUUUCUUUAGUUGAUUAAAUGAUUCUAUCAUUGUAAAACAAUAAACACUUACAUAAAUAUUUACACAAAUUCAUUCGCAUUCC